AAAUGCAGGAUGUGAUGAUUAAUUUUAAUUAUGUUUAAAGUUUCUGUGUCACAACCUUGAUAUACAAAGCUGCUAGGCACACCAGAAAAACAAAAUGACUGCUGCAUUUAAUGUGUAUGUGAGUAAUAUGCCCAUUUCCUGUUACUCCCAAGCUCAGUUUCCGCUCUUAUUGUUGAUAGAUAGAGAGAAAAAAAAAAAAAAGUGAUCUUGUGCUGCUAAGUCCAGGAUGUGAACUGUAUUCAAAUACUUUCCAUGCUUAUCACUGUUUGUUCUGUGUUUCCAAGAGACUGAGAUUUUCCUGAAGAAUGAAAUGGAAACAUUUUAUGGGCAAGUAUCCUAGAGUGCCGUACUGUGAAAGUACAUUCUUAAGUGAAAGGGAACUGUUUUUCUCUCAAUAACAAAAAUUUGCAACAAAGACUUGGAGCUGAUUGCAAACCAUGGAUGUUUUAAACUCAGAGGACUACAGCAAUUAUGAGGACUAUUAUAAUGCAGAAGGACUUGAGGAAUAUGGACUCUGCAAGAAGACACACGUAAAGGAAUUCAGCAAUGUGUUUUUACCUAUAUUCUACUACAUUAUCUGUGCACUGAGCAUUAUUGCUAAUUUAACCCUGCUAAUAUUGUUCAUCAAAUACAAAACUUUGAGGAAGGUGUUGCCUCUGCACAUGGUCAUAUCGGAUUUUAUUUUUACACUGAGCCUUCCGUUCUGGGCAGUGUAUGCCAGCAGUGAAUGGAUCUUUGGUGAUCAAAGCUGUAAGGCAAUCACAUUGGUUUACAUGGUCAGUUUGUAUAGCAGCAAUCUUUUUGUUGCUAGUCAGAGCUUGCAAAGAUUUAUGGACAUUGUAUAUGUUGUUUCUACCAUCAGGAUCUUUAACAGUCUAAAGAGGAAUACUAUUAUGUGCAUUUUGGUGUGGCUUUUAUCAGUUUUGGCUGCUGCUGUUCAUGUCAACUUUGUUGAGACUCAAAAGAUCCAUGAACAGAACAUUUGCACUUACAACUUCAACCAUAAAGUCGGCUGGAAAAUCUAUGUAAGAUUUCAGAUGAACAUACUUGGGUUUGUCGUACCAUUUUUAGUGCUCCUAUUUUGUUCCAUCAGACUACCAUAUGUUGCUGCCGUGAGGAGCACAUUCCAGAUGUUUAGAUAUGAAAUUGGAUUCACUGUCAUGUUUUUUCUCCUCUGGUUCCCCUAUAGUGUUGUUAUUUUCUUGCAUGCUUUGCAAGACCUUCAUGUUUUUAAUUCAUGUACCACUAACAUACACUUUGACUUUGCUAUUCAGGUGACAGAAUGUAUUGCUUUCAUGCAUGUUUUCAUGAAUCCUCUUUUGUAUAUCUUUUUAAACAAAAAAGUCUGGAAACGAUUGAGAAAUGCUUGCAAAACUCCAAGGGAGUAUCUUCUUGAGGAAUCCAACAGUUCAUCAAACAUGUCAAGUCAGGGUGGUGCUAUAGAGCUGAGGUCAGUUCAUCAAGUCCAUGACCUGAGCUUUUGUGCUGAACGACCUAAUAACUUACUACCUGAGGCAAUGUAAAAGCUUUAUUAUGUUUAUGAUAUAUGUACAUACACAGAUCAUGCAUAACAUUAUGACCACCUUCUUAAUAUUGUGUUGGUCCCACUUUUGCUGCCAAAACAGCCCUGACCCGUCGAGGAAUGGACUCCACUAGACCCCUGAAAGUGUACUGUGGUAUCUGGCACCAAGAUGUUAGCAGCAGAUCGUUUAAGUCCUGUAAGCUGCAAGGUGGAGCCUCCAUGGAUCGGACUUUCAGCACAUUCCACAGAUGCCGGAUUGAAUUGAGAUCUGGGGAAUUUGGAGGUCAAGUCAACAGCUCAAACUCGUUGUUGUGCUCCUCAAACCAUUCCUGAACCAUUUUUGCUUUGUGGCAGGGCACAUUUUCCUGCUGAAAGAGGCCGCAGCCACCAGGGAAUACCGUUUCCAUGAAAGGGUGUACAAUGUGUGCAACAAUGCUUAGGUGAUUCAUCAGACCAGGCCACCUUCUUCCAUUGCUCUGUGGUCCAGUUCUGAUGCUCACGCACCCACUGUUGGCGCUUUCGGCAGUGGACAGGGGUCAGCGUGAACACCCUGACUGGUCUGCGGCUAUGCAGCCCCAUACGCAACAAACUGCGAUGCACUGUGUAUUCUGACUCCUUUCUUUCAGAACCAGCAUUAACUUCUUGAACAAUUUAAGCUAUAGUAGCUCUUCUGUUGGAUCGGACCACACGUGCCAGCCUUCGCUCCCCACAUGCAUCAAUGAGCCUUGGCCACCCAUGACCCUGUCGACAGUUCACCACUGUUCCUUCCUUGGAUUCCUUCCUUCCUCCAGUGUUAUAUUUAUAUAUAAAGGAUAUAAAGGCAUAUAUCAAAACGGACACUGUACAGUUUAUAUGUUUAUAUUAGCUUGGUUUUAUGUGAUUUUUAAUAAAAAAAUAUAUUUUAAAGUUAGUUGAGCUCUCCACAAGCAAUGGCCGAUUCAACAAAUAUAACACCAAAGUCAA